CUACAUACCGGUAGACACGUUUUUAUCACGAUUGUGUUAUGUGACUAGCUAGUGAACAACGUAUUGCUUGCAACUCAACUACACCAACGUCUGUUUUUUCUUUGGUCUUUGCUGUUAUCUAACCUGACUAUCCACUGUGAUUUGUGUCUGCUAGUAGCCGAAGCUAUAGAUGUUUUAGCGUAUAUCAAGCUUGCUAACAGAAGCUAGCUUCACUAGCAUGAAUCAGCUAUGAAUGUGGGGCCCACAUACUCCAGCACUGGUCUAUCAACAUUUAAAGAGCAAGCAUGAGCAGCCUGGAUCAAGACCAGCGUCUCCAUCCUAGUUGCCGUGACAAAACAACAGUUUCUAGUGAUUCAUCAGACGCUCAUGAGCUUGCCAAGCAGCCUCUCCAAAGUCUAAAAUUGGCAUCACAUGCGGUGCUGGAGAAGGCGCAGCAGAGGGGCAGGUUGAAAUGCUCUAAAUGUGGAGGAUCAAGGAUGUUCUUCUGCUACACAUGCUGCUCAUUAGUGGGUGUCACCUUGCAAGAAAUCCCUUUAAUCAAGCUUCCUGUGAAGAUAGACAUCAUCAAGCAUCCCAAUGAGACAGAUGGCAAGAGCACUGCAAUCCAUGCCAAGAUCCUCGCACCCAGUGAUGUCACGAUAUACACGUACCCUUGCAUACCUGACUUUGAUAAGGACAAGGUGGUGUUGGUGUUCCCUGGUCCAGGGGCUGUCUCAGUUCAAGACAUGAUGCAGUGUUUACAUGACAGGACUGACAGCAGGUCACAUUACUCCUUUGAUGAACCCUGCAUAAAGAGGCCGAAAAGUGAGGAAGUUCAAGGCGCCACACACACUGCCCAGAACCUGGAGUCAGGGACCCCAGAUGAACCAAAGGGCUUGGAUUCAAGGGUGUACCCCCUGCAGAGGGUAGUAUUCAUUGACAGCACAUGGAACCAGACCAAUAAGAUCAGCACAGACGAGAGACUGCAAGAUUUGCUCCGGGUAGAGCUGAAGAUGAGAAAAACAUGUUUCUGGCGGCGUCAGAAGGGCAAACCAGACACCUACUUAGCUACUAUCGAGGCUAUUUAUUAUUUCCUCAAAGACUUCCACGAGCAUUGCCUUGCUCAGGAGUACAGUGGAGAAUACGAUAACCUUCUCUUCUUCUACUCCUACCUGCACUCAGUUGUCAACAAAGCUAAGACUUCUGCUGAAAAAUGCUGAGGAAAAACUGACAUCAGCUACAAGAGACUGUUGUAACUGUAAGAGUUGAUUCACAUGCAAGCCCUAAUAUGUCUGGUUUUAUUUUGUAAGGGAUACUGUGACAUCUGUUUGUAUAAGACUAUGCAAUAAAACACAAAGGGUUUACAAUUGCAAAAC